AUGGAAACGUAAGUUGAUCAUGGUGUGAACGGGUCCGUGCGAGGAUAAAGACUGGCGUAGUUUUAGUUCGUUUCUCUCUUGUUGUCUUUCGGCAUUUUUGGAGGUUUGAUUCUACAAUUUGUUUUCAGCGAGGAUGUUCCCAGCCAAAAGGCAUCAAAAAAUAAGCCGGCAUUCACAAAGGCCGGCAUGGAGAGAGUAACUUAUCUAAAUCAGGUAUGUCCUUUCACUUUUUUUCUUGUGUUCCUGUAAUCUUUAAGCGACAAAAGAUUUCAUUCCGUCUUUUGUUGAUGUUUUUAUUUGAAUACCGUCGAAAGAUCAUAAAAUAACACGAACCGUUAUCUCUUUUGUGUACACGGUUUUUGCGACAAAAGUUUAUUCGAUUGUGUGCAUGAAGCAUUAAAGAUACUGAAUGUCGGAAGACUGUUGUAACACUGUGAUUUAGGACCAAUUUGACGAGAUCUUUCAAUAUCAACCAGCUCCUCAAAGGAAAUUAACUUGCAAGAAAGUCACAAAGAAGCUAUGCAAGAACUUUCUCAGUAUCCAGAACUUCCUGAACUUCCUGAUCUCCUUCUUUCCUAUCUUGAAGUGGUUCCCAGAAUACAAAUGGAAGGAAUAUAUUUUGGGAGAUCUGAUGUCCGGGAUCACUGUCGGAAUUGUUCAUGUUCCCCAAGGAAUUGCUUACGCCAUUUUGGCGAAUGUCCCGCCUGUCCAAGGUCUUUACACGGCCUUCUUUGGGGUCUUACUGUACUCUUUUUUCGGCACUUCUAAACACGUUUCUGUCGGUGAGUUUACUUAUUUUACAGGUAGUUUAAAUUGACUGUCAUUACUCACCUUGAUGAACUUUGUGCAAAGCAAUUAUCGUUUUAUAACUGCGUUUGAUAAUUAUUUUGUAGUUUUUGGAAACCAAAAUUAGUUGAGUUUUACGUGACAAUUGUUAUGAAAACAACUAUCUUACUGUAAUGUGAUGUCACAAUGAACUUUCAGGUUCAUUCGCCGUUAUCUCCCUGAUGACUGGUAUUGCAUGUACCGAGAUAAAAGAAAGAAUAGACAACGAAUACUAUCGAUUGGAAGCUCGUUAUAUUGGGGAUGCCCACAAUCUGAACAAACAGUACGAUCUUCACAACUUCUCGGUUCAAAUGCCAAAACUCGAGUUGGAGAAUGUGGAGAUCGUGUCUACGAUAACAUUUGUUGUGGGGGUUAUCCAAUUAGUGAUGGGCCUGUUACAUAUUGAGUUCUUGGCGGCUUAUAUGAGUGAUCAACUGGUAAAUGGUUUCUGUACCGGGGCUGCUGUUCAUGUUGUUGUUGUUCAGUUUAACAAGAUGUUUGAGAUUGAAGUCAAGAAGUCCGAGAGCUACGGAUAUAUAUUCAAGGCAAGUUUUUACAACUCUAUUCUUUUCUCUGCUCUCAUGUAUAAGGCCUUUUAUUUUCAGUACGUGUAUGAUGUUUUUGCCAGAAUUAGUCAGACUAAUUUGAUCGCAGCGGUCAUGUCUUUGGUUGGAUUUAUUUUUCUCUACGUCGGCAAGGAUAUAAUCAACCCGAUAGUGAAGAAGAAACUGACGGCACCCCUACCAUUUGAGUUGAUUUUGGUGAUAAUUUCAACUGCAGUAUCUGCAUUAUUCAAACUUCACGAGACCCAAAACAUUUCGAUUGUCAAGAAUAUCCCCUUGGGGUGUGUGAUUUUGUAAUAAUUUAAUGUUUAUAUUCAGAUUGCCGGAGGUCAACUUGCCUCGUUUUGAUAUCGUCCACCUGGUAUUCUACGACUCUUUGGAGAUUGCAGCUGUCGUUGUAGCACUUCAUCUCAGUAUGUGCAAGGUAUUUAACCGGAAAUUGGGAACGCGGACUGAUAACAAUCAGGUAAGGCUGGUUUCUCUCUUACCAGUUUGUUUAGGAACUUUAUGCACUUGGCUUCAUGGGGACACUGUCGUCAUUCUUUGGAACAUACCCGAUUACAACGUCAUUGGGAAGAUCUAUGCUGAGCGUUGAGUGUGGAGUCAAGACUCAGGUGGGUUUAAGGCUAAAAUAGUUGAUGAUUGUCUGACAUGUUAUAUUGUAAUGUGAUCUUUUCUUUAGAUGUCAGCAUACUUCUCGGCUGCCCUGUUGCUGAUUGUAAUUCUCUCCGUUGGACCAUUGCUGUCCGCGCUUCCCAUGUGCAUCUUGUCUGUUAUUAUUAUUUACUCCGUCAAAAAUGUAUUCAAAAAGAUGCCUUUCGAGAUUUGGCAUUUAUGGAAAGUGGCCAAAUUGGACUGUGUAGGUUGAAUUUAUAUCCAUAACAUGCUUAUGUUUCUGUUUCAUUCUUCAUUUCUCUGCUUUAGCUGAUCUGGGUGGUCACUUUCCUGGCUACCGCUAUUCUGAAUGUGAUGACCGGUCUGAUGGUCUCCAUUGUCAUUGCUCUCCUCACGACGGUGUUCAGAAUCCAAUGGCCAAGAUGGCAAGUGUUGAGUAGAUUGAAUGGAACGGAAGAAUACAGGGAUUGUGGCCGAUAUUCCCGGGUUACAUUCAUCAAAUCGAUCAGGGUCUUCAGAUUCGACGCUCCAUUGCUUUUUACAAAUGUUGACAGUUUUGCCAAUGCUGUUGAGAAGGCGUUGUGGACUAAUCGAAUCAAAUUGAGAAAACCAAGCAGUCCGGCAAAGAGAGUAGUUGCCAAGAUUUUUUCCAAAGAUGAUAAGCAGGUCAGCAUUACACAGUUUUACGACAUUUGUUCUACUCUCUUAAUUUUUCUAGCUUUAAUUUUUUAGAUACACGACCGUCGUUUGACCGAAGAUGUGCAACACUUUGUCAUCGACUGUUCCGGGUUCACGUUUGUUGAUUACACUUCCGUAUCUUCCCUCAUUGACGUAUUCCAUCAAUUAGAAAAUCGAGGAAUCUCAGUUUAUUUUGCUGGGGCCAAAGCUCCCGUCAGAGAUAAACUGGAGGAUUGUGGGUUCUUCAAAUCCGUGGAUCGUUCCAAUUUCUACCCCACUAUUCACGAUGCUGUUAACGCCUCUGUUGCUACUAUGAAACAACGGGAUCCCAAGUGUAGAGUCAGAUCACCGAGUGUUUUCAGAAGUUCGAUCGUGGUUCCAAUGGGCGGGGACCCUCAGGCUAAUAUUGCCUACAUUCCUGAAUCAUCAGAGCAAUCGGAUUCGGAUGAACAUAUAGCUGAAGUUCAUUACAUCGAUGAAGAAAAGAAAGAUGACUCAAAUGUUUAA